AUGAGUAAACCCCAGCGAGGAAGUAAUGACGAGGGGAUAUCGCAGGCACUAUACCUUAAGCGGCAGUCGAAAUCGUGGGAAGCUUUUCAACAGUCUGUUUUAAUGGGGAUUUUAGUUAAAGAGGGCUAUACUUUCGACAUUUCAGUACCUGAAAAAUAUUCAAACAAAGUUUCACAUCUCUUCAAAAUUGUGUCGAUGGAAAAAGCAGGGCAAGUUUUUCAAAUUGAAGAAAUGAUUAAAGAGGAAUGUCAACGGCUUGCUUCCGCGGAAUCCAAAAUCAUAGCCGAUGUUUCCCAACUCAAGCGACACUCCGACAAAAAUCGGGUUUCAAUUGGCCUGAACAUCUUACUUAAAAAGGCACAGGAGCACGGCUACGACGUCAAGAAGCGUGGGACUCGUGGGAGUAAAUUCACGGUAAUUGCUCAUAAAUUUUCAGAAAUCUAUUUCAACCACAAAGUGUUUUACGACAAGGCCGCAAUCAGGUCGAUGGGGAAGCAGAUCAACGACUUUCUUCUCAAGAAGUGUAAAUCGUCGGUUGAUAGAAAGGGAAUUCUAGUCUUUUCUACCGAUGACCUCCGGCUGAUCAACCCACAACUCUCUCAGCCUCUAACCUUUUUCGAUAAGACCCCAUCGGCCUUCUCUAAACGAAAGGCCUAUUUUAACACACUCGAGCAAUUAUUCGUUGUAUCAUUAUAA